GGAUCCCAAGUGGAUGAGUGGAGGGACCUUAACUCUAUGGGCCAGAACUUGGGGAGGGUGAGAGGUGGUGAGUUAGAUCCACCACCUGGUGGGUCUUCAGUUCCAACCAGGAUUCCUGGGUCCUGGCUCCCCAAGCCCAACCAGCUGGGGAAAGACUGGGGGUGCCAAAGCCAGCAGUGGGCCCAGCAGAGGGGCCCAGGGGUAUAGCCAGCUGCCCAUCCUCUGUCAGAAGCUGAGAAGAGCCGAGCCCGCAGAGAAGUGAGCAGGUGUUGUGCCGGGUGUUUGUGAAUUCCUGUGUGCACGCACAGCUCUGCCAUCUGGUGCCAUCAUGGUGGGCCCCUGGAGAUGGCUGGCAGUUUGUGUGCUGGCCAUGUCCCUGGCCUCUGCAGUGACGGAGGAGAACGUGUGCCGAGCACAAGAUGGGAAGAACGGGGCUGCAGGAAGACCUGGCCGACCAGGGCGGCCAGGCCUCAAGGGGGAGCAAGGACAGCCGGGAGCCCCUGGCAUCCGGACAGGCAUCCGAGGCCUUAAAGGAGACCGAGGGGAAGCUGGGUCCCCUGGAGCCCCUGGCAAGGUGGGCUACCCGGGGCCCAGUGGCCCCUUGGGGGACCGUGGCCUUCCGGGAGUGAAGGGGAUCAAAGGCAACCCAGGGAACAUCAGGGACCAGCCACGGCCGGCCUUCUCAGCCAUCAGGCGGAAUCCACCAACAGGUGGCAAUGUGGUCAUCUUCGAUAUGGUCAUCACCAACCAGGAAGGCCGAUACCAGAACAACUCAGGCCGGUUUGUCUGUGCUGUACCUGGCUACUAUUACUUCACCUUCCAGGUGGUGACCAAGUGGGACAUCUGCUUGUCCAUUGUGUCCUCCUUGAAAGGCCAGAUCCGGCGCUCCCUGGGCUUCUGUGACACCAACAGCAGGGGGCUCUUCCAGGUGGUGUCUGGGGGCACAGUGCUCCACCUGCAACAAAAUGACCAGGUCUGGAUCGAAAAAGACCCCAAUAAGGGCCGCAUUUACCAAGGCUCUGAGGUUGACAGCAUCUUCAGCGGCUUCCUCAUCUUCCCAUCUGCCUGAAUCAGGGCAGGACCCCCCUCCCCAACCCUGACCUCGUCCACUUUCUGCUGUGUGACCCUGGCCCACUCACUCCACCUCUCUGGCUUCUGUGUACCACUCUGUAAAAAAUGAGGGUGUGGUUCCUUUAGCUGUCAGAAGGGAGAGGGCUGGCUCUGAGAGCCGGUAGGACUUGCUGCCCCACCACUUACUGUAAGAAGAUGGUUUUUUAGAACUCUUCCUGUAAUAAACAUCUGAGUCUGUG